AUGUUCGGUGCCAGUGAUGAGGACGAUACGGACUUCCUCUCGCCCAGUGGCGGUGCCAGAUUGGCCUCUCUCUUUGGACUGGAUCAGGCAGCUGCUGGACAUGGAAAUGAAUUCUUCCAGUAUACAGCCCCAAAGCAGCCUAGGAAAGGUCAGACAACAGGUAAAACUGGAAAUCAGGCUGCACAGAAAACUACACCAACUGCCACAGGCGCCUCCACAGUACUGGUUGCAACAGCAGUCCACGCAUAUAGAUACAUAAAUGGUCAAUAUAUGAAACAGGGCAAAUUUGGUGCUGCAGUCUUGGGAAAUCAUGCAGCCAGAGAGUAUAGGAUUCUUCUUUAUAUUAGUCAGCAGCAGCCAGUUACUGCUGCCAGGAUUCACCUGAACUUUGAGCUAAUGGUUCGGGCCAACAACUAUAGCACCUUUUAUGAUGAUCAGAGACAAAAUUGGUCCAUCAUGUUUGAGUCAGAGAAGGCUGCUGUGGAUUUCAACAAACAGGUUUGCAUUGCCAAGUGCAACAGCACCUCUUGCCUGGAUGCAGUGCUCUCCCAGGACCUUGUUGUAGCAGAGGGCCCUGCUGUAGAAGUUGGAGAUUCUUUGGAAGUUUCAUAUACUGGCUGGCUCUUCCAGAAUCAUGUCCUGGGCUCGGUUUUUGACUCCACAGCUAACAAAGAUAAGCUGCUUCGUCUCAAAUUAGGAUCAGGAAAAGUUAUCAAGGGUUUGGAAGAUGGAAUGCUGGGUAUGAAAAAAGGAGGGAAACGGCUACUUAUUAUCCCUCCAUCCUGUGCUGCUGGCUCUGAAGGAGUGAUAGGAUGGGCUCACGCAAUGGACUCAAUCCUGGUCUUUGAGGUAGAAGUUAGGCGGGUGAAGUUUGCCAGAGAUUCUGGCUCUGAUGGGCAUAGUGUUAGUUCCCGUGAUUCUGCAGCCCCUUCUCCCACGCCUGGUGCUGACAACCUCUCUGCUGAUCCUGCUGUGUCACAACCCACAUCGGUGCCUUUUAAAUCAGGAGAGCCAGCUCUUCGUCCUAAAUCUAACUCCCUUAGUGAACAACUUGUAACAAGUCCAAAUCCUGAUACAGUCAAGGCCAAGCUGAUUUCUCGGAUGGCCAAAAUGGGCCAACCCAUGCUGCCCAUACUUCCACCUCAGCUGGAUUCCACUGAUUCAGAAGUUGAAGAUGUGAAUACCCUUCGAGGGAAUGGCCAGCCAGUGGUAACACCAUCCAUCCAGCCCUCUCUUCAGCCAGCCCAUCCAGUGUUACCGCAGAUGACCUCACAAGUGCCUCAGCCAUCUGCUCCUGGGCUCCGAGCACCUUCUGCUGCCUUAAUGCAGGUUGCAUCUCUUGAUUCCCACUCAGCUGUAUCAACAAAUGCCCAGUCCUUUCAGCCCUAUGCAGGUAUGCAAGCCUACGCUUACCCUCAGGCUUCAGCUGUCACUUCCCAGCUGCAGCCUGUUCAACCUUUGUACCCAGCACCAGUCUCUCAGGCUCCCCAUUUUCAAGGUUCAGUUGACAUGGCUUCAUUUCUCAUGACUGAAGCCCGGCAACAGAACACGGAAAUUCGAAUGGCAGUCAGUAAAGUGGCAGAUAAAAUGGAUCAUCUUAUGAGUAAGGUUGAAGAGUUACAGAAGCAUAGUGCUGGCAACUCCCUGCUUCUCCCUAGCAUGUCUGUUACAAUGGAAACAAGCAUGAUUAUGAGCAACAUCCAGCGAAUUAUUCAGGAAAAUGAAAGAUUGAAGCAAGAAAUUCUUGAAAAGAGCAGUCGGAUAGAAGAACAGAAUGACAAGAUUAGUGAACUAAUUGAACGAAAUCAGAGAUAUGUUGAGCAGAGUAACCUGAUGAUGGAGAAGAGGAACAACUCCCUUCAAACAGCCACAGAAAACACACAGGCAAGAGUUUUGCAUGCUGAACAAGAGAAGGCCAAGGUGACAGAAGAGCUGGCAGCAGCGACGGCACAGGUUUCACAUCUGCAGCUGAAAAUGACAGUUCACCAAAAGAAAGAAACGGAGCUUCAGAUGCAGCUGACAGAAAACCUGAAGGAGGUCGACCUCCUCAGGAGCCAGCUUGCCAAACUGCAGGCAAAGCUCUCAGGGCUCCAGGAGACCUCUGAUCAAGCACAGUCCAAAUUCAAAAGUGAAAAGCAGAGCCGUAAGCAACUGGAACUCAAGGUAACAUCUCUGGAGGAGGAGCUAACAGACCUUCGAGCUGAGAAGGAAUCUCUGGAAAAGAACCUCGCAGAAAGGAAAAAGAAGUCGGCCCAAGAGCGCUGUCAGGCUGAGGAGGAAAUUGAUGCACUUCGGAAGUCACACCAAGAGGAACUGGACAAACUUCGACAGCUCUUGAAAAAAACUCGUGUGUCUACAGACCAAACAACUGCAGAACAGCUGUCUCUAAUGCAGGCAGAGCUACAGACCCAGUGGGAAACCAAGCUUGAACAUAUGUUGGCCUGCACCAAGCAAGAACACCUGCAGCAGUACCAAAAGGUGUGCGAGCAGAGGGACGCCAACCAGCAGAAGCUGACACAGCUUCAGGAAAAGUACUUAACUCUCCAGGUCAAAGUCACAGCUCUGACAGAGCAAAAUGAACAGUGCAAGAAGGAACUGGAGAGUAUUAAGUCCCAAACAUCUGGAAAGGAAACUAUUACUACAGACUCCUCAGAGAAGGUCAAGAAGAUCAUGAACCAGGUGUUCCAGUCUUUGCGGGGAGAGUUUGAACUGGAAGAAUCUUAUAAUGGCAGGACUGUUCUAGGGACCAUCAUGAAUACAAUCAAGAUUGUGACUCUUCAGUUGUUGAAUCAUCAGGAACCAGAGAAGGAAGGGAGCAGCAGUGAGGAAGAGGAAGGAGGAAGAAAGAGGCCUCAGAGACCUUCACAGGAGCAUUCGGUGCCAGUCAAGUCUGAGCUGUCUCAAGACUCCCUGAAUAGGGAGGGGCAUGAGGGCCCCACCAUGCCAUUGGAGCAAGUAGCAAAGGAAGCAAUAUCAUCACAUUCUCAGGCCCUCCCCACUCCUCAGGAUGAUGCACAGAACAGAAAAGGGGAGACCUCAAAUUCAGAAGCACUUUCAGAGAUGAAGGACGAUUCCCUCCCCCCUGAACAGAUUUAUCUACCCCAGAGAAUUCUGGGGCCCCCAACUUCAAUUCCACCUACACCUCCAGGCUCUAUAACCACAGACCCCGAAUGUGAGGAGACACUUGCUGCCAGCCCGGUGGGAACCAAACCAGAUGAUCCACUGACAAGGGUUGUUGUUGGGGAGGUAGAUGGCCCACUGCAAGAAAGCGCCACAAGACCAUCCUUGACUUCAGACCCCAAGAAGGAGGACCCACUGGCAGAAGGACGGGAAGACCCAGGAGAACCUCAGCCUCCAGAGCUCAGUACAAACGAGGAUCUCACCAGCUCCUUGGGCCCCUCCAAAGAGCUGCUGAGCACGGAGGCAGGCUCUGCACAUCCCACAGCGGCCCUGAGGUCCAGCCGGGCUUCUCAGCAUUCCAGUCUCUCUGGGGAUGAAGAGGAUGACCUAUUUAAAGGAGCAACUCUAAAAGUCUCAAGACCCAAAGAAGAUGCUGAGGAGGAUGAUGAAGAUGAGGUGAGCAUGAAGGGACGUCCGCCCCCAACACCCCUUUUUGGAGAGGAUGAUGAUGAUGAUGACAGUGACUGGCUGGGAUGA